AUGACGUACGUUCUUGGUAGGGUGUGCACAUCAAAGCUGAUGGAUCCAAUGCAGCAGCCCCGGAGCUGCUCCCUGUCCAAGAGACUGUCCGACCCCUUCGGCAUCACCAUGUCUCCCAUCUCCAGCCUCUCCGGCCUGCCCCUUCCUCCCAGCGCCUGCCCGCCACCUCUCCCAAGGACACCACACGCAGCACCAGCAGCAGCCAUGGCAGGUGGUGUCCGGGCCCUCCAUCUCUCCCCUGGAGCCCCAGAGCUUGCGUCAGAGUUUGCGGAUGUGGAGCCCUCCGCCGCCCUACCGCCCCCUCUGAGCAUCAGCAGACCCAGGCCCACAGCCCUGGGCAUGGGCAUGGGGUCAUCAUCCUCAGCCAAGGCCCUGAAGAACCCAGAGUCCAUCCCCAGGCCCAAGCCCUCUGUGCCCCCUGUGACGGCCGGGUCUCUGGGGUCGCUGGGGUCACUGAGCACCUCGCUGGGCCACCACCACCACCACCACACCAGCACACCACCGGAGUUCCCCCAGCCCCUCUGCCCUCCGACGUCCCGCAGCCCGCAGGCAAACAGGAGCCCCCAGUCAAACAGGAGCCCCCAGCAGCAGCAACGUCAGCAGAUCAUCUCAUCAUCGCCAUCAUCAUCCUCGUCCCCAUCCUCGCAGGCACUCAUCCCUCCCCCAGGCAACACCGCCAUCUUCCCACACCUCUCGUCAUCCUCCUUGUCAUCCUCCUCCUCCUCCUCCUCCUCAUCAUCAUCUCAUCAUCAGCCUGGAGUGUCUCCUCCCCCGAUCCGUGGGGGCUCUCACCCCAACCUGAACACCCUGGCUGGCAUCAGCCCUCCCAGCCAUCGGAGCGCCCAGUCCAGACACAGCCCCUCGUCAGCAUCGUACCUCAGCAGCGGCUCCCACCAACUCAGGGCCAGUCCUGAGCCACAGGCGACAACUGGCCUCUCGGAGGGCGGGAGGGGGAAGGCUGAGAAGACCGAUGGAAUUACUGAGCUGGAUGAUUUCAGGGUCCACAUCGUCACAUGGAAUGUCGGAUCAGCUGUGCCUCCUGAUGACAUCACGUCCCUGUUUGAGCCAAAUCUGAGAAGCCGGGCUGCGGACAUGUUUGUCGUAGGGCUACAGGAAAUGAACUCAAUGAUCAAUAAGCGACUGAAAGACGCCCUCUUCACCGACCAGUGGAGCGAUCUGUGCAUGGAGACCCUCAGUCCCUUCGGCUACGUGCUAGUGGCGUCUCAGCGCAUGCAGGGGGUUCUGCUGCUGGUCUUCUCCAGGUCCUGCCACCUGCCUUUCCUGAGGGGGGUCCAGACCCAGAAGACUCGCACAGGCCUCGGGGGAUACUGGGGCAACAAGGGAGGCGUGAGUGCGAGGAUGAUGAUGUUUGGCCACCCGGUCUGCUUCCUCAACUGCCACCUGCCCGCCCACAUGCGUAACCUGGAGCAGCGCAUGGAGGACUUCGAGAGCAUCCUGCAACAACAGCAGUUUGAGGGAGGCAACGCCCCGGGAGUCCUGGACCACGAUGUGGUUUUCUGGUUUGGUGACCUGAAUUUCCGCAUUGAAGACUAUGACAUCCAUGUGGUGAAGAGUGCUAUUGACAGCAGUAAGCUGUCUCUCCUGUGGGAGCGCGACCAGCUCAACAUGGCCAAGAACAGCGAGCCCAUCCUGGAGGGUUUCAUGGAGAGCCCCCUCAACUUUCCUCCAACGUACAAGUUUGAUGUGGGAACGCAUACAUAUGACACAAGUGCUAAGAAGAGGAAGCCAGCGUGGACAGACCGUAUCCUGUGGCGUCUUCGGAGGACCGGCUCACCCGUGCCUUCCCACAAUGCAAAUCUGCAGCGCGGCCUGACUUCCUGGCUGGGCGGGGCCACCCGGGUCACGCAGCACGCCUACCGCAGUCACAUGGCCUUCACCAUCAGCGACCACAAGCCGGUGUCCGCCAUCUUCUCCCUGCAUUUCCCCUUCAGGGUCAGUCAGCCUUUGGUCACUCUUGAGGUUGAGAAGGAAUGGACUAAAGCAUCAGACGCCACGGUGCAGUUCGAUGUGGCCUCCACCUUCCAGAGGAGCUCCUGGGACUGGGUGGGGCUCUAUAAGGUUGGAUUCAAGCAUCAUAAAGACUAUGUGGCAUAUGUGUGGGCCAAGUCGGAUCACCUGUUGCAGGUGGUCACCUUCUCAGAGGAGGAUCUGCCCCGGGAGGCUGGGAAGUUCAUCUUGGCCUACUACAGCCACAACAUGAGCAGCAUCGUGGGAGUCACGGAGCCCUUCCAGGUGCAGCUUCCAGUGGUGAGCCCCCCUGCCCCAACGCCACCGCUCCAGCACUCCGAGAGCUCGGACGAGAGCUCGGAGGAUGACAGCACGCUUGUCCUGCUGGCCCCAGCCUCCUCGCGCAGCCCCAGCCCCGGUGGUGGCGGCGGCGGCAAGCACUCCGGUAGCAAGCACUCCGGUGGUAAACACUCCAGUGGCAAACACUCCCACUCCCAUCGCCGCCAGCGGAGCCGCAGCCCCGCUGUGCCCCCGCCAUGCCAUCACCCGACCACAUCUGCCCUCUCCUCCGCCACCUCGCCUCUGCCCACCGCCCUGCAGAGCCUCAGCCUGUGCCCGCGGUCCUGCGAUACCAGCCAGACCCGCAGCCCGUCCCCCCGCGCGCCGACCCGCAGCACCUCCUCUGCUGCAUCCUCCUCCACCUCCAAGAGGGAGCGGCUGGUGUGCCAGGACAGCUCCCCGUCCCCCUGCUCCCCCAUCAGCCCCCGCAGCCCGCGCAGUCCUGUCUCGCCAGGUGGGGGUGGUGUUACCACCCCUGAGGCGCUGAUCGUGGCCAUGCUGGGGCCCUCACAGGCCCCAUCUGGCUCCGGCCCGACUACGAACGUUGGGUUAUGA